AUGGGCUUUGGUGCUAAAUGGACUAAUUUGCUGAUACUUUGUGUGAGAUCUGUUUCAUUCUCUAUUUUGGUGUAUGGAGAACCUAAAGGUCCAAUCUAUCCCUCAAGAGGGUUAAAGCAUGGGGAUCUCAUUUCCCCUUACUUAUUUAUUCUCUGCACUGAAGGCCUUAUCUCUCUUCUUCAGAAAGUUGAUGUCAAAGAUGUAGUGGAAGGGAUCUGUGCUUGCAGAGGUGCUCCAAAGAUUAAUCAUCUUAUGUUUGCAGAUGACAGACUGUUGUUUUGCAGGGCCACAUCACAAACAAAUAGAAAAAUUCUUCAUUUAUUGGAAGUAUAUGAACAAGCUUCAGGUCAAAUGGUGAAUAAGGAUAAAACUUCUAUGGUAUUCAGCAAGAAUGUCUCUACUAAUACUAAAGCUGAGAUUAUGCAGUUUUGGGGUUUUCAACAGCAUCAAAAUUAUGAUGUAUUUGGGCUUGCCUCCUAUGGUGGGUAG